UAGGAGAGACACGUGAAUCAAACCAGCAACGAGACUGCUCAUUUAAACUGUAUGACAGUCGGAUGGAAUGCGCUCUCAGAGCUUCUUUCUCUGCCUCUCUUGCGGUUAACUUUGGACUCUGUGUGGGGACUCGUUGACCGUGCGCGCAUGGGUUCCGUGACAGGUUGUAAAGAAGGAAUUCCAACACUAUUUUUAAAGCCACACGCGGAUCUGGGGGCGUGGACCGCUCGAACACAGGCCGUUUGGUUCGAGGAACAUUUUACUGUGACUGUUGGAUGUGGAUUUUCGUACCGCUCUACCGGCUUGGAGUGCCCCGGCAUACCCGAAGCAUUUGGACACAGCACGGUCCGAGCUGUCGCUCUCGUUGGUACGGGAUUGCUUUGAGUUUAAGUUAUAUUUUCUGUCAAUUUCCCUGUCAUUGGAAUACGUACAUUUUGCUCCGAUUGAGGGUUUACAAGAGUGAGGGCGGCGUGGAAGGAAUAGGCUACUACAGCGGGAGCAAAGCGUCUCCAAAUAGCGCAACGUUGGAACAUUUAUGAUUACAUAUAACUAAACAAAUUACUGAAUACGGUAACACUUUCUAAUCCGUCUAAAUCUGGAACAAUUCUUGGUUUUAAAUAAUGAUUUUUUUCUUUGCCUAAAGUGAUUGUUUACCGUGAACCUGGCAUGUCAAUAUGGGCGAGUAACAUCGAUGGCAAAUGACAUCGGGGAUUUGAAAGCUAUCACUGCAUCCACUGAACUCAUCUCCGUCUGCAAAUAUUGGCAUGUGUCAAAGGAUAUCAGUGUAUUUCGUUUCACUGACCUUUUUCACCAGACGGGUUUAUUGGAUAUUAUCACAGAAUAACUGGAGGCCAAAUAUUCCAUAUUCCCUAAUAAAAAAUAAUUGAAUUUUGAACUACGUCGCCUACAGUUUAGGCUAUUAUUUUUGAGUCAUGGAUUCUAACAUUUGCAUUGUCCUCUCUUCGUGUGUUCCUGACAUUUAGACUGCAUUAUUUGCGAAGAUACUGCCAUUUUCAUUUGCAUUUAACAAUGCGAUUUAAAAUCCGUUUGGGGAAGUAAUUAUUGGUGCUGUUCUGUUCUGCACUCUUUACAUUAGCCUAUUUACAGUAGCUACAACACCCAAACAUGACAAGCACCGGACCUGUCAUCGUGUUUGAGUGGCUGAAGACCCUCCAGCUCUCUCAGUAUGUGGAGUUCUUCGUGGAUAACGGCUACGAUGAUCUGGAAGUUUGCAAACAAAUUGGAGACCCCGACCUGGAUGCUAUCGGUGUCUACAUACCGCACCACCGGCAAAGGAUCCACGACGCGGUGCAAAGGCUGAAAGACGACGAUAAGGAGACUGCAGCGGGGCUGUACUUUACACUGGAGCCGAUGCCCCCCGCGUCCGAAAUGUGUCCUAGUCACCUGGUGGACCAGUACGAGUCUAAACUCCGGGGGUCCAAGUCUUGGACCGAACCGAAUAGUGACCGGGUCGGGAGGAAUGGGGGCGCGUAUCUGGGCGCGCAGAGGAACCUGACGCUUGGCAACAGGAGGGAGCUGGUGAUUUACCCCAAACUGAAGCUGAAGAUCAUGAUUAGGGAUAAAGUCAUCAGAGAUGGAGUCAACCUUGCCAGGCCACCAUACUCAAACAAGGAUGGUUCUCUGGGGAACAUUGAUGACCUGGCCCAGGAGUACUCAGAGUACUACAACACCUCACUCAGUGACGUAAGCGACCGCAUGGAGGAGCUACGCAAGAGACGUGUGUCCCACGACCUCGACAUGGAGAAAGUUGACACAAGCCCCACCUCUCUGCAGCUUCGCUCGGAGAUUCAGGAGUCCCUUGGUUUCAGCAGUGAGGUGUCCACUCCAGAGACCGAGAGAAAGAUGUCUCUGCACAAGUCCAGCUCUGAAGACGGCUCUGGAGGUAAAUGGGACAAUAAGAAGAAGAACAAAUCCUUCUGGCAGAAUUUCCGCAAGACGUCUCAGAAGGGAGUCAUGCAGCAGACGUCAAAAGGAGAGGACAUAGGCUACGUGGCCAGUGAGAUCACCAUGAGUGAUGAAGAGCGCAUCCAGCUGAUGAUGAUGGUGAAGGAGAAAAUGAUCACUGUGGAAGAGGCUUUAGCUCGGCUGAAGGAGUAUGAGAACCAUAGCAGACAGUCCAGCAGUACUGACACUGCAGAGUGGACUGAUGGAUCCACUCCCAAUCUAAACCAGUCCUCAAACUGCAAAUCUCGGGAGCAGUCUGAUGAUGAGCAGACAGAGGACUCAAUGAAGUUCAAACGGCUCCACAAGCUGGUCAACUCUACCCGCCGCGUCAGGAAGAAACUCAUCAAGGUGGAAGAGGGGAAGAAACGCGGCUCCGAAGAUUCUCUGAGCUUGGAGGCAUCUCCUACAUGUGAGGACAACACAGCCCUGUACACAGGGGUCCUGAAGAAGUCCAGCCUGCCCCAGGAUGCAUCCAUGUCCUCCCUGACCCAGGACCAGCUCUCUCUGGAUGGGGACACAGACAGCUUGACCACCUCCCCUUCCUCCAGCAGCCUGGACACUACCUGGUCCGGACACAAGCUGGUCAAGGCCUUCUCUAAGUCCAGCAGCACCCACGGCCUCAUCCGGCCUCCCAGGAGACUCCCUGCUGGGCCUGAGGGUUUGGGAGCCGCCGGAGUGGGAGGUAGUGGAUCCUCCUUCUCGGAGCUGGACGGCUGUGGUGCCGAGGCCGAAGAGGUGUCGCACUCCAUGACGGAGGGCGAGAUGCGGAAAGCCCUGACCUCUCUCUCCCAUGGGGUAAGUAAUGACACACUCUACGGUUUCUACGGCCUCACCCGGCCACGCCCCAAACCACACCCCCAGCCCCGCCUCCUUGUUGCCCUCGAUGACGUCUCCCAGGGUAGCCCCAAACCCGCCCGUCACCACACCAGCUGGCUCAGGAAGCCUGACCCCAAUUACGCCUACUCCACCAAACACCUGCUCUACCAGCGCUCCCGGAACUGCGCCAAAACACCAGGGGUGCCCUCCUCCUGUUCCUCCCCCUCGCCCCCCGCCCGUUGUGACCUGGCCAAGGCUAAGGGUGGUACGCUGGGUGGAGGGGGGUGUGGGGGCUGGGCAUUCCCCACUCGCAGGCUCCGCAGCCGGACGGCGGUGAGCGAACUGAACAUCACGUACGUGGUGGAGCGCAGCCUCUACGGCCACCUCAACUGGGCCCAGCUAGUCCGGCCCGUCACCCUCAGCCGUGCCGAGCGCCGCUGCCUGUUGGAGGAGGACAGGGAGGCGGACAGGAAGUGGGCGGCCAGCGUGGACCGCUGCACCAAGCGCGUGCUCUUACGCAUCCAGCAGAAGUCUAGGACAUGUAGUUUUGGAGGGUUUGACCUGUCCAACAGGUCACUCCAUGUGGUCAGUGGAGGCUCAGAGCCCAAUAGUAAGGAUCCAGAGGCUGUAUACCGGGAGGUAGUCAAGUCUCCCAACACGUCUCGUAUCUCUCUGGGGAAGAAGGUCAAGUCUGUCAAAGAGACCAUGAGGAAACGCAUGUCCAAGAAGUACAGCAGCUCACUGUCUGAACAGUCGAGCCCAGACGGGACUCCCAGCUCCCCCCAGUCCCCUCAGCCAGACACAGACUCUCUGGAGAAACCCAAGCUAAAGGCUGGAGGAUCAGUGGAGAGCCUCCGGAGCUCCCUCAGUGGGCAAAGCUCCAUGAGUGGUCAGACGGUCAGCACCACAGACUCGUCAGCCAGUAACAGAGAGAGUGUUAAGUCUGAGGAUGGAGAUGACGAGGAGCCUCCCUACAGAGGGCCCUUCUGUGGCAGGGCGCGAGUACACACUGACUUCACCCCUAGCCCCUACGAUUCCGAUUCCCUCAAACUAAAGAAAGGGGAUGUGAUCGACAUCAUCAGUAAGCCACCCAUGGGGACGUGGAUGGGCCUGCUCAAUAACAAGGUGGGCACCUUUAAGUUCAUCUAUGUGGACGUGCUGAGUGAGGAGGAGGAGAAGCCCAAAAGACCCGUGAGGAGGAGGAGGAAGGGCAGACCUCCCAAACCCACCUCUGUAGAAGAGCUGCUGGAACGCAUCAACCUCAAGGAGCACAUGCCUACCUUCCUGUUUAAUGGCUAUGAGGACCUGGACACCUUCAAGCUGCUGGAGGGGGAGGAUCUAGAUGAGCUCAACAUCAAAGACCCUCAACACAGAGCUGUGCUGCUCACCGCUGUGGAGCUACUGCAGGAGUAUGACAGCAGCAGUGACCCUGAGCGGAGCGGCCUGUCAGGCUCUCAGGAGAAGCUGCUAUCAGAUGGCCACAUCCUGGUGGGCGACUCACCACGUGACUCUGGCUGCUAUGAGAGCAAUGAGAACCUGGAGAAUGGCAAGAGCAGGAAGACAUCUCGCUCCAACCGCUCCUCUGCGGGCCUUCAGUCCCCAGACUACCCCACCCUGCCCAUGACCCAGUCCACUGAGGCCCUGCAGCAGAGCAAGCUGGAGCGCACAGCCAAGUUCACAAAGCACUUCUUCCUCAAGCCCACCCUGAGGGGCUUCAGCCUGCUGGGGCUGAGGAAGGGCCCCCGCCGGACCCGGACCCCCAUGCCGGCCAGCCGCAGCUGUGAGGACCUGGACGGGCCCCCGGAGGCUACCGGCCCCCAGGCCUGGAAGAGAUCCCACUCCCUCGGGGACCUCCACUGGGAGCAGGCCUUCGACCAGAAGAAGGACUACAGCCUGGAGCUCAAGCCCGCUAAAGGUGUCUCCAAGUCGGGUAACAGCAGCAGGGUGAAGGGCCUCCAGGGUCAUGGAGAUGGGGGUUCAUCACUGGCUCAGAAUGAAGGGAGUGCUGUGAGCCCUAAAGGGCGUUCUGACCAACCCCCUGUGCCCUCCCAGCUGCCCCUCAGACCUCCCUGUCCCACCGCACCGCUUCCCCAGCCCCAGGAGACCCUCCCCAGCCCGCUCCCCAGCCCUCCUGAACCCCAGCUGAGGGAGAGGAGCAUCCGGACUCACCCCAAAAAGCCCCCAGUGCCCCCUCCCGUUCCAGUCAAGAAAUCCAAGGAGCGCCUGGCCAAUGGGAUACGCCACCGCUCCCUUGUCCUUUCCUCCCCCACUCAUUCCUAUACCUCCACACACUCCCAUCCCCCCAGCCCUGUCAUCAGCAGCCCCAGUGCUCCAGCCCUCCCCAGUAAGGCCUCCAGUACCCCUGCCUCCGCCUCUCCAGCCAGCACCUCUCCAGCCUCCCCUGCCUCCACGACCGCCACCACCGGCUGUCCAGAGCCAGAGGAACCAGGCACCCCCCCAGCCGUCCCCCCUCCCUGGCUGUCUGACCUGCCCGAGACGGCCUGCCCCCAGGCUCAGAUCCAGGGCGGUGGUGGCAAGAUGGUGGUGGCUAGGAAGGUGUCCUAUGCUAAAAUGGCUGUCGAUCUCCACAGCGUGCUGGAGCAGAGACUGGAGGCCGAGGGCAUCGACCUCACAGAGGAACCCUACUCAGACAAACAUGGUCGGUGUGGUAUCCCCCAGCCCCUGAUGCAGCGCUACAGUGAGGACUUGGAGCAGCCAGUGAAGGAUGUGGCCUCCAACAUGGACCAGGUUCGCGUCAAGCAGCUCCGCAAGCAGCACCGCAUGGCUAUCCCGUUUGGAGGUUUGACAGAGAUGUGCAGGAAGCCACUCUCCCCAGGUCACGUGAGCACCGUCUCUGAUUGGCUCGUGUCCAUCGGCCUACCCAUGUACGCCACACCGAUGGCAGCUGCAGGAUAUGACACGUUGGGACGUGUGUCCUCUCUCACAGAGAGCAGUGUGUGGGAAGCGGGAGUGCGGGACGAGAGGCACGUCCGUAGACUUGUGAGCGAGGCCCGAUUGGUCAGCGCACACAGAGACGGACAGUCGUAACCGUGACAGUGGAGCCCAUGCAGGUGUAACUGGGACAGUUGAACGGCUACGGCACAGUUGAGACUAAAGCACAGUUGCAAAUAAAUGCAGAACUGAAUAACUGCGAAAGUGACCACAGCACAGCUUCCAGCACCUAUUGAGACUUUUGACUGGACUACGGAGUGCGGGUGGUUUGCAGUUGCAUCCCAGCUAACGCUUGAGACUUAUGAGCAGCAACCUGUUCUUAUGCCCCCGUCUUUAUCAAUCUGUCUCUCUUUCUAUUCCUUUCUUUCAGAUGUUUACGGUGAGAUUGUUCCGACUGCCGAGAACAGUUAUCAGAUGCCUUUAAAACUGACUGUUCCCUUCUGAAACAUCCCCCCAGUCUUAAAAUACUGAGAACUGCCUUUGAGGAAAUUAGCACACUUUUCUUAGACUCUUUUUUAAAACUCUCCUUUUAAAGACUAAAUUAUGUUUUUUUUCUGUGUUUCAGAAGUGUUUGCUUUGUAUCUCUUGUGCAAGAGAAAAGCACUAGAGAGUAGUAAGAGGAUGUAGCUUGGCCAAAGCAAUUUCUUUCAAUGUGCAGAUUUCACCUUUGUUGUUAAUCCCAUUGCUAAAUGCUACAGUAGAUUGGAGAACAUGGUUUAUUGCAGUUAACACAAAAAAAUAACAAAACAUGAAAUAGGCAAACAUUGCUGUUAUAUUAAGAUUUAAAUCCUUAUUUUCUAUCAUGCUAUAGUGUUUUUGUAAUAUACUGUACCAUAUAUUUUAAUUUCAUGGUGUUUUUACAGUAUGUGUUCAAUACGUAUUGUGUGUCUGCUUUGUGGAAUGUCAAAGUCUGAAUGUCAGUCAUUGUAAUUAUAAACAGUCAGACAGAUCUCGACAUGAGUUUAUACAGUAUUUCAGAUUAUAUUGCAGAUUUCAAAACAUAUCUUGGUUGCAUGUAAUCCUCCAAUAUGUAGGUCCUUACAACAAGACUAUCUACACAGUACCGCUCUAAUAAUCUUCCAUGGGAGAUCAGCUUUUCUUUGCAGACAAUAUCGUCUCCAUAUAUCUAUCCAGGCUCAUUUUAAGUUGCCUUACCAUUAUGUUAAAAAAACAAUUAGAUUAAUACGUAUUCAUGUACUCAGCAUUAUAAAUACAGUAGGCAUUUCAACCCCCAUCUUUGACUAAGGCUUGAUUCCUCAAAGCCUCACCGGGCCAAAAUGUUUUGAAUGUGCUUGUAAUGACAGUGAUUGUUAGUAGAAGACACACACACAUGCACACACACGCUAGCAGCCACAUAGCUCUGUCGGGGGUGUCCUUGCUGUUCUUGUUAAGCACAGAUGUUGAUCCACAUGAAGUCUAAUUUAAACACAGUGUUCAACAGCCAGCCAUAGACCAGCUCAGUACUGCAGACCACAGAGACAGACUGAGACAUGAUGUAGAUGAUCCACUCAGAAGGAGGGGCAAAGAGGAGGACUACAGCUGUUCCACAGAGACCCAGCUAACAGCUGGUUUAUCAUGUCUGUCUGAGCCUCUCUUGGAAGAACAAGAACAAGAACAAGAAUAAGAAGAAGGGGAGUGUCUUAGAGAGAGACACAGUCAGGGAGUACAGAUGAGAAUGGGAAUGUACUGAAUCUCCAUUCACUGACCAGCAGACCAGACCUGUGAGUCCCUAGCAGUGGAUUCCUAGUCCAAGACCGGUGUGAGUGUAUCCACCUAUGUAAUGUCAUUCUAGUUAUGUGAAGUACUUCAUAUUGCAAUCAAUAUUCAAGUCUUAUCCCUUGUCUCGGGUUUCAAAAUACAAGUUUGCAGAGUGGUGUAACACAAGGGGGCUUUUGCAGUGGACACUCGAUAGAAGUUUGAUGCCUUUUCUCUUCAAUCAUAGUGGUGCUCCAGGUUAGCUAGGGAGACACUUGUAGGGGGAGUUUUUAAAGAAACAAAAAUACCUAAAAUUUAAGAUGUAAAAAAUACUGUCACUGUAAAAUGCACUUUAGAAAGUAAAUAAAAAAAUGUUUAAGCAAAAUUGGCAAAAUGCUCUUUAAGUCUGUAAGCAGACAUUUGUUUUCAGGUAAUGUAAAGGGUUUGAUUGAAUGGGUUAUACUGGUAUUUAGUUAUCUUAGUAUAGUUCCCAAUGCCAAGUCAAUGUACAAAUGUAAUUAAUAAUAGUUCAUGAAUUAACCUGUUCCAAUGACUUAACUUCCAAUUUACUUUUGCAGUCUUACAGAAAACGUAAUUACAUAUAUGAAAUGGUUAACAAGAGUUACACAUUCUGUAUAUGUAAUUGGUAUUUAAAUAACUUAUUUUGGGGCUUUUCAUAUCAACUGUAAUUAUUAGCUGUACUAUACAAAUAGCAAUACCUUCCUGCAAAUUGCAUUAGCCAGUGAAAAGCUACAGUGUUAUUGUAAAAUAUAAGUGUACAAAUGAUUUAAUUUGGUUUCAACUAGCUAAUGAUUGUCUAUAAAGAUUUUCUUGUGUAUUGAAACAAAAAAUGAUGUCUAACUAUUUGUCAUUCUGAAAUAUAAUAAAAACGCUAUCGCCAUG